AUGGACCUAGACGACCUGGAAUCCGCCAAAGUUCCAACUCGGCCCACCCGUUUCGCGCCUAAGGGCUCCAAGCUUAAACCGAAGACAGAACCUGUUUCCUCAUCAUCCUCCUCGACUGUUGAUUUGAGCAAAAAAGAGGAUAAUUUAGAUUGCAAACCGGAGACGUUAACAAGCUCUUCAAACGCCUUUGUUUCUAAAACUGAGCUCAAAGUCUCUGAUAUCGUGGAAGAUGGCGUGCCAAUAGACAUCGAUGCCAAGCGCGACGGCAGUGAACUACCAAAAGACGAACCUAUGGGUAUGGAAGUAGAAGAAGAAGAAGAAAAAGGGGAAGAGGAAGAAAAAGAAGGCGAAGAUGAAGUAGUGAGGGAAAUCGACGUGUAUUUGAAUCCUUCUAUUGAUCCCAACACUAAGCUGUUCGUUUUGCAAUAUCCUUUGAGACCAUUGUGGAGGCCUUACGAGUUAGAUGAUAGGUGUUCAGAGGUGCGAGUGAAUCCAAAAAGUGCCGACAUAGAGGUCGAUUUGGCGGUUGAUCCUAGCACUAAUUAUGAUGCAGACACUAAAGUUGAAAUUACCAAGCAGACUCUGGCGUCAUCAUGGAAAGCACCAAUUGUAGCCGGAUAUGCUGUUGGAGUUCUUGUUGGUGACAGGUUACACCUUAAUCCUGUUCAUGCGGUUGUACAGCUCCGACCUUCAAUGAAGCAUUAUGAGCCAGAUAGUUCAAAACGGAGAAGUAGCCAUAACGAAGAUGAAGCAGUAGAGGAAGAAAUGAAGUCUGAAAAACAAACUGGCACAGUAAAGAAGCAGGGUAAAGCACCAGCACUUUUAAAUAUGGCAAAUGAGGACACUGAAGAGAAUUGGAUACCUCUCACUUACCAUGGUGCAAAAAGUGAUGUUUCAGCUAGAUACAUGAGGAAAAUGGUUGAACGAAAUGAGUCUCCUCUAAAAUUUUUGAUGAGCAGGCAGGACUAUUUGAAUACCAUUUGUCCUGGUACAUCCAAUGAAAAUAAGAGGUCCAAAAGCCCUUCAAGAAGGGAUUUGUGCUCAUUGCCUCUGGAAGAACGAUUGAAAACAUGGCUUCUCAAGGAGCCACAAAUCCAUCGGUUUGCUGCACUGAAGCACUUAGCUUCAGGCGCACCUCCUGAAGACAUUCUUGAAGUCCUCCAAGAACAUGCUCGAUUAGUUCUAGGACUGUGGGUUCCAAAAAGUCGACUCGUGUAUGGAGAAGAUACCGGAAUUGAUGUUUUAGCUCGAGAUUAUGUUCUCUCUCUGUUUAGCAAAACUCCAGUGGUCAAGAAUUCACAACUUCCACAGGCGCCUAAACUUAACAAAACCAUGAAAGAGGUAUUGAGUGUUUUGGCUAUUGAGAGAACUUCUCUCAAAGAUUGGAAGUUCAGAGUCUCUCCAGAUAUGGAAUUUGUUAAACUAUAUCCCAAAAUUGCCUCAGAACAAGGACAACGUUGGGAACAUACCGAGAAGCAGACAGCCGAAAUUCUCUUUAGGGACAAAAAUAAGUCUGCUUUCAAAAGCUCUUCGACGAGUAUUGCCACAAACAACAGUACGACAUCAAAGAAUCUUAUUAAGCCUUUAUCACAAUCUUCGAAUGAUCAGAUGGCCUUGAGAAAGCCAAUGUCAGAAGAAACUCGCAAGGCUUUACCUAAGGCCCUACAGAAACUCUUUCAAGCUCAGAAGGUUUGCAGUUUGCAACAAAUUCGCAUGGGUUUGAGGCAAAUGGCAGUUUCUGAGAAUUCCCGUCCAAAGGGGGGAUCUGCCAGAGAAUUAAAGGCUGCUGCAGAGUGUGUUGAUGCUCCUAUAGAGGAGCUUGAGUCAAUCAUCAAACAAGUGGCUAUUAAUAUUCAUGGAGUUUAUGUUUCAAAAUCAUCCUCUGAUUAUCCCCAAUAUGACGACCUCAGGAAUGUUGUGAUUCAUCUUUUCCUUGCAGACCGAAAUGCUAAGCUGAAAAAGGGUGUUGUAAAAGAGGCUGUCAAACAGAAGCUGGAUCGUGAUAUGACUGACAAUGAGUUUCAGAAGGUUAUUCAAGAGUUGUGCGUUUCACAAAAUUCAGCUUGGGUUUUGAAAAGUGGAGAUGGAAAACCUUAA